CUUCCAUCAUGUCCUCAUUCAAAAGGCGGUUGCCGGGCAAUGCGAAAGCCCGAGCUCAGGCCUCUCCGACAGGAGUGUUGAACACGACUGUUGAUGGCAAAACUGAUGUUGCUUCCAGCUCCAGCAUUGCGGGCAGCCCCAAUGCAGAUCAGACCAUCCCACCAAGCAAUGAUGACCGAACAAAAUCUAUCUCGAACGCUCUUCCAAUAGGUCUGAGACCAUCUCCGUUUCCCUCAAUCGUUCCACUUUUCUCAUCUGGACUGGCUUCUGUUGAUGAUCUGAUAUGCGGACAUGGAAUACCUUCUUCAAGUGUUCUAGCACUCUGUCCAGCGAUCGGUCUGACAAGCAUUAGUGCAGAGAGUGGAUUCGGAGCACCUUCCAACAAUCAAGAAGAGGUCAUAAAUUCAUCCAAGCGUGCAACUUCUUCGAGGUCAACAAUCGAAGCGUUACAGCAAGCUGAGACAACAUUACUGGAUAUGCUAGCCUAUGGUAUUGCUCAAGGACUUAUCGCCGGACACAGGAACUUGGUUCUCGGACAAAAUGCACGAGAAGUAGUAGAGAAACGUGUACCAAUGCGAAUCUCUUCUCGUGAUUCGACUGCAAAAGAAGAACAGGAAGAGAAAGAGGAAGAUAUGAAGAUAGCCUUCCGAUACGCCCACCGCCCUAAAUUCAAGACCACUGUAGAUGAGCCAAGCUUCGCGGAGGGUAGCACACCGUUUGAUUCGAUCUCUCUGGAGCACCGUUUUAGGGCUCCCUUUGAUAUGAGUAAAAGGCUACCGAACGAAGAUAUCCAACGAGCGGAAGAGAGUGAGAAGGAAGACGGUCUCUGUAUACUCAAUAGUACCAAAUAUGAAGAGAUCCUGCAAGCGAUCGAUAAGGAGAUCCAGAGGAAUAGCAAGUUAAACCUCUCCAAAGCUUCAGCCAUACGUAUUCAUCUCGUUUCGCUCGGUUCCAAAGCAUUCUGCAAAGCAGGGGAAAGCUUCGAUCGAAGGAUUGUGCAACUUUCUCGAUUUUUGAUGCAAAUUCGAAAGCGAGUAAAAGCUGCAACGAUCGAAAACAAUACAUCCGGUAAUUCUGCAACGUUGCAUAUCAUCUGUACGGCAUCAAUCUCUGCCGAUUUGCUUCAUCCUCCUCGCACAACCUUCGUCACCCAACAUCUGCUCCGAUUCUUUGAUGCGCAAUUACUCCUAUCCGAUUUUGCAAAUGAUGAACGAUUAAAGAAUGCUUAUGCAGGGUAUGGGGGUAGUGUAUGCCUGUUGAAAGGCCCUUCGAUUGCCGCCAUUCUGCCGCCCGGAGAGCAUCGAAGUAUCCUACGUGGUGGAGGCGGAGAAGCUGGCGUAGAGAAUGAUGUGGGAUGGAGAAGAAGGAAACGUGGAAGAGGAUUGGUGCUGGAAACGUUGCACGAAGAUGUGGACGCAGGUCAAAAUGCAACAGCCGAUACUUCUAAAGAUGCCAAACCGACAAAGCCUUCUCAUAGCGAUGAUAUUGAAGAUACAGCACGACUAUUGCCCAGGAAGACUGUACCAGUCAAGAGCGCUGCUGCUACCGAUCACACUCACGAAGCAGAUGUCAAGACUGGAGUGCAAGAGGGUGUAACGAUCACAUCGCCUUCAUCACGACCCAAAGUAGGAGCCAGUACCAAACCAAGUCCUAAGAAGUUCGAAGGUUUAAAGUCACUACGCGAACGUGGUCUUCGUGCGGCAGCAGCCGCAGCAGCUGCUUCUGGAUCGGAUUCAGAACAGACGGAAGGCCAGAAAAAGCAAUGAUUCAACUCAGUGUAUGCUAGGUAAUAUGAAUACAUCUGAGGGAUGAAUAUUUUGAUUAGUGAUAAGGUACAUUCUCGGCAUGAAAUCCUUCCUUUCAUCAGGGCACUAAAGAACAGAGCUAAAGCGAGGAAAGAUCCUACUCGCUACAUGAAUCGCACACUCGUUUGUGUGAUUCUAUGGUUAGCCUACAAAUGAUGC